AUGCCUCCUACAGUGGAGCCAACGACAGCCCCGCCUGGGCCGACGACGGCCGAGGGAUCAUCGGGAUUUCAGUUACCAUGGGCGGCUAUUCCGAAGUUUAUCCCUGGAACGACAGAUGUGACGGAGUACAGCAGGAAGCUGGAGUUCCUGGCGGCCAUGUGGCCGAAGGAGCACUUGAGCUUGCUCGCCCCGCGGGCAGCUCUUCAAGUUGAAGGCACAGCCUUCAAGAAGAUCGCCAGUUUGCCACCAGACAAGCUCAAGAGCAGCGAUGAGUCUGGGAUCAAGCUUCUGGUGUCUACUCUGGGUGGAUCCUGGGGAAAGACAGACCUCGAGGCGAAGUAUGACGUGUUCGAGAAGGCCUUGUACGGCACCGUCCAGAAACAGGAUGAGACGAACGAUAGUUACUUGGCCAGGCAUGAUGUUCACUUCGAGGAGCUGUUAUCUCAGAGCGUGACAUUUGAACAGGUACGUGCCUAUAUAUUGUUGCGCCAGUCCCAGCUCACUUCAGAGGAUCGGAAAACGAUCAUUUUGGAGCUUGGCGGAAGCCUAGACUACAAGAAGGUCUGCUCAUCGAUUCGGCUUUUGGGGUCCCGAUUCUUUGCCGAUCUGCAGGGUCAGAGGGUGGUGAAGUCACGGACCUAUGAUGCCAAUGUGGUGGAAGACCCCCCGGAAGAAGGCGAGAAGUUGAUUCCGGCGAUGACGGCAAGCGCUGCCGUCGAAGAGGCCGAAGUGGACCUCGAUGAGGGCUUCAUGGAAGCCAUGUUGGCUUCGGAGGACCAAGACGCCUUGCAGGUUCAGGCAUUCGAGGAGGAGCUGGAAAGCUUCUUCCAGGAUACUCCGGAGCUUCAGGAGGCCUUGGUGAGCUACAUGGAAGCACGCAAUCGCUUGCUGGCGAAGAAGAAGUCCCGCGGCUUCUGGCCGAUUGCAGAAAGCAAGGGUGCUCCCAAGGGCGGUCGCAGCUUCAAGGGUGGCGGCAAGGGCAAGGGCAAGCAUCGAGAGCAGCUCCUGGCUCGUAUUGCUCGUUCGAACUGUCGGAUCUGCGGGGAAAAAGGACAUUGGAAAGCGGAAUGUCCCCGCCGCAAGGGAAACCCGAGUAGCGAAGCCACCACGACGGUGGCCGAGGCGUUCAUGGAUGUCUCCCAGGUUGCAGAUCAAGCCGUCACUCAGGAGAUUUUGACCAGCUUGCCAGCUGAUGCCUUGACCUUGGAGGAGGUGGCGACUCUUGCCCAGCAAGCUAGCCAUGUUGAAGCUAUCCUUGAUACGGGUGCGAGCCGUUGCGUGAUGGGCAAGAGUUUGCUUCAGAAGUUCGUUGGCCAGCUGAGUGAUUCCGUUCGUUCCAAGAUUCGGGUGCAGAAGAGUGCCAUUCGGCAAGUGUGUGUCGAACAGCGGUCCCGCAAGCCGCUCCUGCGCUCAAUUGUGCAAUCCGCGAUCCCGUCCCUUGCUCGGCUCCCCAACAUGGCCCAGAGCAGUCAAGUUGCCGAGGCGCCGACUUCCCGUGCCCCGACAGCCAGUCUAGGCGCUCGUUUGGUCAAGCUGCGAGACCCCACCAUGAGUCUCAGCAUGGCCGAGAUCGAGGCACUCAGCCUCGAAAAGCACGGUGCCUUUCUGGUGAACUUUGGUACCAAAAUGAAGGGACGCACCUUCAUGGACUGCGUGGAAGAAGGUUCCGACUGGACCAAAUGGUUCGUGGAUCACUACCACGACAGUGGCAAACGGGAACACAAAGUUUUCAUCAACUUCGUGGAAAAAUAUGUGAGCCAGGCGGAGCAGCUCGAGGCCGAGCUAUGUGGCGAACCCGCCGUGAUCAAGUCGGACAAACCUCGCAAGACGGGCAUGAUGAGUCAAGCCGCGCCAAAGGCCCGUGCCCGCGAGGACGGUCCCGAGAUCCCCUGGGAAAUGCUGGAGGAGCCUGCGCUCCAGGACCAAGUGGCGACUCUGAACAGUCGCAUGACCCAGAUGGAGCAAGUGAUGCAGGAAAUGAUUUCAGCCAUCCGCCAGCUGAAUGUGCCAUGGCACCUCUUUGCCGAUAGUUCUGCCCGGGCCGCCGUGAUUGCCCCGAAUCCCGCGUCUGCCUCUGAGCCCGUUCCCGAAACGUCUGGCCUUCGCCGGGAACUGACUUCUGCAAGUGAUCUGCUGGAGUCGCCGUUGCCCGUGGCGGCGCAAAUGGCUGCCGAUGCCUGUGCUCAGGCCUACCAACAGGCUGAGGAGGCUGCGUGGAAUGUGUAUCAAGACUCCAUGUUGACGUAUUCCCAACCUAGUGAGCAUCAAUUGGAUGUCCUGGCAUAA